AUGAAGGCUGCCGUUGGUGCUCUUCAGGACAAAGGCAUCUACCUGAAAGUCAAACCCAAUGAUCGAACAUUGCCUCCGGUCAACCAGAAGUUGAGCGCCUCCCAGUUAGCCCAACUGACCAAAGCCGACAAGCCCACGGUCGAAAACUUCAACCCUAUCGUCCAACCAAUUGUCGCGGGAUCGUCGUCGUUCUCCUCUGGUGUCGACAAACAAAUCGUGGGCGGCUCUUUGGCCACCCUCGGACAAUUCCCGUGGCAAACGCUACUCUACAUUGACAAAGCCUGGCUCUGUGGAGGUUCUCUCAUCCUCUCGGAAUGGGUCAUGACGGCUGCUCACUGCACGGGAACAAUCAGGGCCAAAUACGACAUCAUCCUGGGCACCAUCAGCCAGAGCAACCUUUCAUCUGGAUACAUGUGGCUCACCUCAACGGUCAACUACACCCAUGAACUGUACGACCACAUCUUCCUGGUUAAUGACAUCGCCCUCAUCAAGCUCCCAUAUCCUGUUACUUUUACUGCAAGCAUCUCACCGGUGAAACUGCCGUCCAUGGCCGACGCUACCAGAGACCUGACGGGUCUUCUGUUAACCGUCAGCGGCUUCGGCAGGACCGCGGAUGGCUCCGCUUCCAGUACCGAUCUGAAGUUUACUCGCUUGACAGCUGUUUCUAAUGCGGUUUGCGCCUCCUAUUACGGAAAUAAGACUGUCGUUUCUUCGAUCAUUUGUACCAAACCAAUUAGCACUUCCAUUUGCCAAGGUGACAGUGGCGGACCUUUGAUAUUAAAUGAUGCCGGUACUAACAACCUUUGGGUGCAGUUUGGCGUCGUCUCGUUUGUCUCCUCUAGAGGGUGCCUUGUAGGGUAUUCAGGCUACUCCAGAGUGACUUCAUACCUCGACUGGAUCAGAGACAAUUCUGGCGUUCGUCCAAUUAGAUUGAAAUCUGUGGGUGGAAAAUAA